AUGGCUUUGAAUAUAGGUGGCUUAGUUGGUCUGAUAGUAUUUUAUCUAAUAACACUGGCGACUGGUAUUUGGGCUUCCUGGAAAAGCAAAAAGGAGAAGAGAGGGGACCCCACUGAAAUGGCCAUUGUGGCCGGCAGGAAUAUGAACUUCUGGGUCGGAUUGUUCACUGCAACUGCAACAUGGGUUGGAGGAGCUUAUAUCAAUGGAACGGCUGAAAUUGUCUACCUUCCUUCAAGAGGCCUACUGUGGGUUCAAGCACCUGCAGGAUUUGCUUUGGCCCUUCUUAUUGGUGGGCUCUUCUUUGUCAAUCCAAUGAGAUCAAAGAACUAUUUGACAAUGAUGGACCCGAUCCAAGAAGCUUAUGGGAACACGAUGGGAAGUCUCCUGUUUAUUCCAUCUUUGAUUGCGGAUGUAUUCUGGUUUGCAGCUAUUCUUGCAUCCUUAGGAGCAACCAUGAAAGUCAUUUUGGACAUCCAAGGAUACUUAGCCAUCAUUAUCUCUGCAUGCACAGUCAUUCUCUACACUUUGCUGGGAGGUCUGUACUCUGUCGCGUACACGGAUGUAAUACAGCUGGUGUUUAUAAUGGCUAGCCUGUGGAUUUGUGUCCCAUUUGCCAUGACAAACUUUGCAACGGAAAGCAUCUUCUAUACCAUCGGCCGCAAUGUCUUUCAACCACCUUGGGUUGGAAAAAUAGAAGUCUGGGAUAUUGGAAGGUGGCUGGAUGACUUCUUAUAUUUGGUUCUGGGAGCCAUUCCGUGGCAAACCUAUUUCCAGAGAGUCCUCUCAGCUUCUUCUGCAAAACAAGCCAGGUUUAUUUCGUACCUUUCCGGGAUGGGGUGCUUCAUUCUAGCCAUCCCCUCUGUGCUCAUUGGAGCGGUUGCAGCAUCCACAGACUGGAAUCAAACUGACUAUGGCCUUCCGACACCCAACGACAGAGGUGAAUCAGCCCUCAUACUUCCUUUAGUUCUCCACUAUCUCUGUCCAACGUACAUCUCCAUUGGAGGCUUGGGGGCUAUUGCCGCUGCUGUGAUGUCUUCUGGGGAUUCCGCCUUGCUUUCCGCCAGCUCCAUGUUUGCUCACAACAUUUAUAGGAAAAUCCUGAGGAAAAAAGCAACAGAAAAAGAUGUAUUAUGGGUUAUGAGAGUUUCCAUGGUUGCCUUUGGGACACUGGCUGGAGUUUUGGCAUUUUAUUCCCAUUCGAUAUACGACCUUUGGCUCCUCGGAGGCGAGCUUGUGUAUGCCCUCCUUUUCCCUCAGCUGUGCUGCGUACUCUUCAUCCCUAACACCAACACGUAUGGCUCGGCCGCUGGGUUCGUCUUUGGACUGUUGCUGCGGCUGUUGGCUGGGGAGCCCUCCCUGAAGAUCCCCCCAUUUAUCUGUUACCCAGGAUGUUCUGUGGUGGACGGGGUCUACAUCCAGCGGUUCCCCUUUAAGAUGGUCACCAUGCUCAUAACUCUCUUGACCAUCAUUUCUGUUUCGUAUCUGGCAGCCUUUGCAUUUAAGAGAAACCUCCUUCCUCAUGAAUGGGACAUUUCCAAUGACAUCCUAAGUCAAUAUCGGUGGAUUGGAGGGUGUGACCUAAAGCCCAGCCUUCAUCUCUCAGUCCUGUGGAUUCUCCGGCAAAGAGAAAGGAACAUGCAGGAGGAAACUUGGUUGGGCUGA